AUGGGACUACCUUCGUUGGCAGCUGCCAUCUCCCUGGCAGUUGCCUGGGCUCCCCCGGGUGCUCUGGCAAGCAGCAAUCAGGCCAAUGGCGCGGCAAGUGCCAUCAUGGCCUCCAUCUCGGUCAGCACCGCCUCUGGACCUAUCUCAGGCAUGCCGACAGACCUAGUGGGCGCCCGAGACGCUGUACUGGCUGGAAACUACACAUCGCGGCUGCAUCAUCAGGGCAGAGACCGCUGCCCUUCUAGCUGUAGCAGCGCCGGCGUCGACACCACCGCCUGGUACGUCUAUGGCAGCCUCAACCGUCUCCGAAGGGCCUGCAGCAAGACCAUGCUCCUCGACUUCGCCUUGUUCAACCAGAUCGACGGCACGAAGGCGCAUGUCGCCAUUUCUGCGUGCACGGCAGACUUGGGAUCGACCACUAGCGGUACAGGCUCGUCGAUUUCCGGCUCUGCUGCGACUUGUGUUGCUGAAGAGGUGCAGCAGGCCACGGCGACAUCCUCUGUGCAGCUGGCGUCCUCGGGCGUUGCGUCCUCGGCGCACGCAGCGGACGUUGCGGCCGCACUGGACCAGCUGCGGGCUUAUUCAUCCCUAGGGGAUGCAGCUUGCAACGAGACGAUCAAGUAUGCGUACACGGGAAACAUCGCCGUAGGCGUCUACGCUGGGUCAGGGCUUGCCAACCAGGGUGUUCUCAGCUCGGUCCUCGAGAAGCUCAGCAGCCAAGUCAAGAGUGACGGGAGCGUUGCGGAGAGCCUCGUGGUCCAGAUGUGUAGCAACUCGUCGGCCCGAUACUCAUUGGGGAUCCUCGCCAACACCAAAGGCGAUCUUGGCGCUGUCCAGCGCGGACUGCAGUCGUGGAAGAACGGCAGCUGCGUUGCCAUGGACACAAGCGUCCCCACGUGGCAGAUCGUAGCCUAUCUCGCUCCAGCCCUGUUGCAAAGCGGCCUCAACUCUUCGGCCACCAACGCCACGAACAGCAGUUCGAUCAACCCGGCCGCCCGGCCCAGGUGGAGCCCCGUCAAGCGAGUUGUUUCGAGUCGCGACACCACUUGCAGAACCAUCCAGGUAGCAGCUGGGGACGAGUGUGCCUCGCUCGCGGCCGAAUGUGGUAUCACUCCAGCACAGUUCACCACGUACAACCCAUCCCCGAACUUAUGCUCUAGCCUGAUCCCGGGCCAGCACGUCUGUUGCAGCGCCGGAACGCUCCCGGACUUCUUGCCCAAACCCGAGGCGGACGGCUACUGCUACGCCUACCUGGUCCAGACGGGCGACACAUGCUCGUUCCUUGCGGCGUCCUACGAUCUCACCACGGACAAAAUCGAGCAGUACAACAGCAACACCUGGGGUUGGAAUGGCUGCGCAAAGCUGUUCGCCGACUACUACAUUUGUCUCAGCAGUGGCUAUCCGCCAAUGCCUGCCACAGUGCCAAACGCCGUCUGUGGACCGCAGGUCAACAACACGGCGAAGGCACCGCCAGGAGCGGACCUGAGCACAUUGAACGAGUGCCCACUCAACGCAUGCUGCGAUGUCUGGGGCCAGUGUGGCACAACGACCGAGUUCUGCACCACCUCGCAGUCUGCCACGGGGGCUCCAGGAACGGCUGCCGAUGGCGCGAAUGGGUGCAUCUCCAACUGCGGUACCAACAUCAUCGGGUCCAGCGCUCCGAGCCAGACGUACAGAAUUGCUUACUUCGAGGCCUUCGACUGGCAACGCUCUUGUCUGCGCAUGAGCGUCACUAGCAUCGACACGUCAGCCUAUACCCACAUCCACUUCUCCUUCAUCACGUUGAACCCUGACUUCUCUAUCAAUACUAACGACGUUGCCAAUCAGCUCCCGCUCUUCAGGGGCAUGGCUGGCGUCAAGAAGAUUGUGUCCGUCGGCGGCUGGACUUUCUCUACAGAUCCCGGCACCUACACCAUCUUCCGCAAUGCCGUCGCGUCCAACGCGAAUCGCCAAACACUGGUCACAAACGUCAUUAAUUUUUUGAACGAGUACAACCUCGACGGCAUCGACUGGGACUGGGAGUAUCCCGACGAGCCCGACAUCCCAGGUAUUCCAGCGGGCACCGCGGCGGAGAGUAUUGGCUUCUUUCUGCUGCUGGACCAACUAAAGCUGCAGAUGCCAGCUGGCAAGACGGUCUCCAUUACCGCACCUGCCUCAUUCUGGUACCUGCAGUACUUCCCCAUUCAAGCCUUAAGUCUCGUUGUCGACUACGUGGUGCUCAUGACCUACGACCUACACGGGCAGUGGGAUUAUAUCAACAAGUACGCGGAUCCGGGUUGCCCUUCCUACGACCAAGGCCUUGGGAACUGUCUGCGCUCCCAUGUCAACAUCAGUGAGACCAUCAAUGCGCUGUCCAUGAUCACCAAGGCAGGCGUGCCGUCCAAUAUGAUCGCCGUGGGCGUCAGCAGCUACGGCCGUUCGUUCCAGAUGACCACCCCGGGCUGCUGGACCGAGCAGUGCACCUUCACUGGACCCGAGUCGGGGGCAUACCCAGGACCCUGUACCAACACCGCUGGCUACAUCUCCGACUACGAGAUCGGCCUGAUUCUUAAACAGAAUCCCUCGUCGCAGGACCUCUUCGAUUCCACAUCCUACUCCAACGUCCUCGUCUUCAACAAUACGCAGUGGGUCGCUUACAUGGACGACGACAACAAGGUAUUUCGCGAAGGUCUCUACCAGGGAAUCGGGUUCCUCGGCACGGCGGACUGGGCCGUGGACCUUCAGUCCGAUAGUGGCACUGGGGACGGUUCAGGCGACAGCGAUUCAUCAUCCACCAUCUACGUAGAUCCCGGCAUUUGGAACUCACCGACACCGCUAGUGACUGCCCUUCCAUGUGCGACGCUCGUUUGGCCGCCCCUGCCACUGCACAGUACAACGACCAUCGCUUUUGAUCCCUGGACUACGACUAUCUCGUACUCCAGUCUUACGACGCUCACAAGCACCUUAGCUGGUGGCGCUUUAACGACGUAUCCGGACUACGUCUACGUGUCGUGGCUCACGGUGCUGACGAUUCCUCCUGUGGUAACUACAGAGAUUGCUGUCUGGGGUAUCUCCCUCGCUUGUGGCGCCACAGGCGGUUCCAUCGUCUUGAGUAGUUCCGUACAGCCACCGCCUUUCACUGUUGUCAUCACCCCGGUGAUCAGUGGCACCACUUCCAUCAUCGGGGCCACCAAGACAACGACAAGCUCGGCGGCCCCUGUUAUCUGGGGCUCCAUCACCUACACCCCGCCCGUAGAAACAGAGACUCUCGGUGGACUCACCACCAUCAUCGGCGGGCGCACCCAGCCCCCUACAGUCGUAACCGUCACGCCCAAUCCACAUCCCACAACGACACCCAGCACGACAGACCCUGUCCUCAACCCCAAGAAGACUUCCUGGACAUCUGGGAAACCGGCUAGUCCCACCAACACAGGGGGCUGCCCUGGGUGUGGCAAGACUUGUCACUUGUUCUGCGAUCCCGGCUGCCCCGGGUGCCCCCCUGGAGUAUUCGGCUCCGAUGGCGGCGGUGAAGACGGCGAUAAUGACGACGAUCGCGACGAGGAUCCAACAGCCACGUACACGGGCAUAUACAACAUCCUGACCGACGACGUGUACCCGACGGUCCUGAUCGCGGCGAACAUUGCCAGCUCGCUGGACUCCGUAAUCAAUUCCUUAGUCCAGUCCGUCUUCACCACCAGCACCCCGCCGCCCCCGCCACCUCCCACCUCGACGCAAGGGCCUCCGCCUCCGCCUACGCCGACGGCCGACUGCAUAUUCCUCGACGCGUACUUCUUCCUCGUCUUCGACGUCUUCAACAUUGCAGGGUGGGGCGGCGACGACGGCGCCGCCCUGAAAACCCAGGAGUCAGGGUGCGGCGGCUUGUCGGGCUGGACCGAGAAAUCCCCCACCGAAUUCAUCUUCGACCUGACCUAUUUCAUCAAGGCCGGGUGCGUAGAGCGCGCCAUCGUCUCGGCGGGCGGGCCGAAGAUCCAGUGCCAGUUCGAGGGCACCGUCGACAGCAAGAAGGCCCGGGAAGCGGGCAGCACGUCGCUGCGGGCGAGGCUGGACGUCCCGCGCGGCUUGAACGGCACGAAGCUCCCGCCCGACUUCCCGCCGUACACGAACGAGGAGCUCCAGGAGAUUGCCGAGUUCUACAGGAGUACUCAGCCUACUACGGCGCCACACACGGGUUAUGUGCCCAUGACCUGGGAGGCGACUAGUCCGACGCCACAGCCCACGGAAACUCUUCCACGGCUGUUCAGGCGUGGCUUGUAG